AUGGACCUAGAGAGCCAUGGCCCUGUGUCACAACCAUCCCACUCAUCCCCGUCAUCCCAGCCGUCGCAGCGAUCCCAGCUAUCACAUCCUCGGCCGAAAGUCAGUCGACUUAGAGACAAGCCCCAGCUCUCGUGUAAUGCCUGCCGACGUCGAAAGUAUGAAGCAAGUCUACUAUGUGCAUUUGUCUCUCCAUAUACUCACAUUUAUUUCAGAUCACGAUGUGACCGUCAGCACCCAUGUUCUUCUUGCUCUGCCCGUGGCCAGAUUUGUACUUAUGUGGAUAACUCAGAGCUCAUGAGUCGCUCAAAUGUGUCUUCCGCGACGGCACCUGGCGUGCAUGACCGUUUGGCUCAAUUGGAGCGAUUGGUUGUGUCACUGAUGACCAAUUCGGCGAGCAAGGCACCAGUACAUAUUCCGUCAGGCUCCGAAGCUUCGGUUCCAUCAAGAGUCCCAAAUCCACCGCGAAGUGAUUCCAUCGUCGACGCUGUUGAUGGUCGUUCUGAGUGUGGUGGUAUGCAAAUCAGCGAGUCAGAAUUUCACUAUGUUGGAAAUAAUCAUUGGGCGACUAUCCUCGAUGGAAUCGCGGAUCUCAAAGACCAUCUCGAUCGCGAUGAGCAGUUCAGACUCGCAAGUACCCCGUCGGAUCUUGAUAUUGAUGAGCAUGGAAACUAUUUGAAUCGCCCUCGGUCUGCUUAUGCGCUCCUUCUGUAUGGAGGGCGUCGGUUAGGCUCAAAGGAGGAGAUUCUCGCAGCGCUGCCUCCGAGGUCUGCAGUGGAUCGAUAUGUUUCUCGAUAUUUCAACUACUUAGACCUGGUUUCCUCUUCUGCGGUGCAUGGACCAAGUUUUCUACGUGAGUACGAGGCAUUUUGGGAAAAUCAGUCGGGCACGCCUGUUAUGUGGAUUGGUCUUCUCUUCAGCAUGAUAUGUCUCGCAUGCCUUACUUCCGAUGUCCUAUCCGAACCGAGCCCCGAGGAUCUAUCACUCCAAAUCGACCUUUAUCGCGAGAAAAUUGUGCAAUGUCUGACGUUAGGUGAAUAUACAAGGUCAGGGCCAUAUGUUUUGGAGACAGUAAUAAACUACACAUAUGCGGAAUUUUGCAUUCGAACCGACGCCGACAAGGAUAUCUGGUUUCUGCUAGCUCUGGAGGUCAAUUUGGCGAUGCGAAUGGGCUACCACCGUGACCCAAGCCACUUCCCCGGGAUCUCACCCUUCCACGGCGAAAUGCGUCGUCGACUUUGGGCAACAGUUCUUAUGGGGGAUAUACUCAUCUCCAAUCAAAUGGGCAUGCCGCGAAUGAUCUCCGACAGCAAAUGGGAUACUUCAGAGCCACGAAACUUGAAUGACUCGGAUUUCGACGAACAGUCGACCGAGUUGCCUCCUUCUCGCCCUCUUACUGAGUAUACAAACUCCCUCGGAAUCAUCGCGCGAAGGCGGAUUCUCGCGGCACUUGGGGCCGUGAUAGAUCUGGCUGACGCGGUCAGGCCAUGUACCUAUGCUGAUGUCAUGCAUAUCGAUUCCAUGAUCCAAGAGGCAGCCGCUAGCAUCCCCCCACCACUAAAGCUCAAGUCCAUGGCAACGAGCAUGACUGACACCCCACAGAUCAUCAUGGCCCGGUUGUUCCUAUGCCACCUGAUCUACAAGGGACAGGUUGUUCUCCACAAGCGAUUCUUCUACCCUAACUCAGACAAUUCAGAUGAUCAAGCGACCUCUUACUCACGAAAGGUCUGCUUGGAGGCUUCCCUUGGUACCCUCAACAUUCAACAUAUUCUAGACGAGGAAACUUGUCCGGGGGGUCAACUUUAUACCAUGCGAUAUCGCGUGACGUCCAUCAUGAAUCAUCAAUUCCUUACUGCCACGAUGAUUCUAUGCUCUAUGCUUCAUCGAGGGCAAACACUGGAGCGCGAACAAGACAUUCGUGCGGCGCUUCAGCGAUGUAGGGCAAUUUGGAUGAGACGGAGCGAGAGUUCAAAAGAAGCCAAAAAAGCGGCCGAGACUGUCAACUUCGUUCUGGCUCGGGCAGAUGAUGGAACAAAGCACAAUAUUGCACUAACACAAGCUAUCACGCGUUCUGGUAGCCAUUUCCCGCUCAAUGAUGUUCCACUUAACAGUUUAGAGCCCGCAGGCUCUCUUCCAGACGACACUACAGUGUCAUCGGAUUACAUGAGCUUGUUCAAUCGUGAGAGUUCCUCCCUGCUACGGUGUUUCCAUGUCUUUCUUCUUUCUAAUCAUACUCUAGCUGACUACUUUGUGAUGACUGGCUCUCUUGGCAGCUUCACACCCCCGGGACAGCCGAGCCAAAACUUUCUACCAGCCGGGAAUCUUGCAAUGAAUAUGAAUGGCAUCGAAAGGCCUAAUGAAUGGAUGUUCAUGCCUCAGUCUGGCACAUAG